AUGUUCGUCGCGAUGUGCGCGACCGCCGACCUACUAGACCUUGACCACGGACGACGGUACGUCUUCGACGCCAUCCACAAAUGUGUCGCACAAGCAGCCGGGAAACCCGAGCGGGAGCGAGAUAAGUGUCUGGCGGUAGGGCUGGAGAGGCAGGCAACGGCGUGGGUGGCGUACAUGCUCUGGCCUUUCGCUGCGAUGGCGUACGUGGACGACACGGACCACUCCAGCUCCUGGGAUAUGAUUUCGACUCCCACUGCCCCGAUGACUUCGGAAGACGCGGAAAGGCACCGUGCGCAUUGUCCGUGGAAAUCCUUGCUGCUCCGUGAUCGUUACACCUGCUUCUUUAACAAGGCCCUCGACAAGGAGUGUCCUCAGGAGUACCGUAGCAGAUUGAACUUUGACUAUGCUUCCCGGUUGCAGGCAGCGCACAUCUUCAAUAUUGCGGCAGUUGCCUUGCACCCGGAAUCGAACGAGCUUCAGUCUCUUUCGACUACGCUGGGAAUUCUGCAGGACUAUUGUCGGAUACACCGCUCCGUUGUCCAGACCAUCAUCAAUACCCCGGACAAUGCGCAAAACUCACUCUUGCUAUCAGUGGAAGCCCGUCUAGACUUCGACGGUUUCAAUUGGUGUCUCAAGGCUACAAAGACACCCCACCGAUACCGGAUAUGCUACAUGCCGGACAACGAACGAUAUGAAGGGCGCCGUGCCACAAGCGACCACGUCACAUUCGCAGACCACAGCGCCGAAUUCGACGCUCCCAAACACGUCACUUCGUCCUCGCCCAUCGCAGGAGUCGCCCUGCCCAAUGCGGAUCUGUUGCGGAUGCACUGUGCACUCGCGCACGUCCUGCACCUGAGUGGGGCUGCGGAGCUCUUUGAAGUUCUUGCUUACACAGCGGACCAUGUCUCGCCGACGGGCGCAGCGUUCAUGGCGCGGGUGGUUGACGAGGAUCCGUAUGCGGUGAUAGAGCUGCAGGAAACUCUUGCUGAAAUGUUGAACCCUCAGUGA